AUGAGGCUAGAGCGCGGGCGGCGGGCUUCUCUGGCGCUCACCCUCAACUUUGUGGCGUUUGCUUUUGCCUUAUCCGCGGUGACCACCAGCUACUGGUGCGAGGGGACAAGGAAGGUGGCUAAACCCUUCUGCACAGGCCCGCCGGUGAAGAACAAGGAGUGGUACUGCAUCCGCUUCAACAGCACCAACCUCAACGACAGCCGCAUGGUACAGUACAUCUUUGAAACGGGGGAGGAGAAGUUUCUGAUGAGGAAGUUCCACACGGGGAUAUUCCUCUCCUGCGAGCAGGCGGUCGACAUGAAUGGGUUUGACUGUCGAGACUUCUCAGAGAUUGCACCUGAAAAUGAAAGAGGAGUGCUGUGGCUGUGUAUCGUGGCGGAGACCCUGUACCUCACCCUGCUCUCCAUGGGUGGGGCUCUGAUGAUUCUGGAGCAGUGCCCCUGCUUUAGUGUCAUGAACAAGCUGAAGCUCAGUGCCUUCGCUGCCAUGUGCACUGCCCUGUCAGGCCUUUGUGGGAUGGUGGCCCACAUGAUGUUUACCACCAUAUUCCAGCUGGCUGUUGCCACCGGGCCAGAGGACUGGAGGCCCAAAACAUGGGACUACAGCUGGUCUUACAUAUUGGCAUGGGGCUCUUUUGGCACCUGCAUGGGCUCUGCUGUGACGGCACUGAACCGGUACACAAAGACAAUCAUCGAGUUUAAAUAUAAACGGCGGAACAUCGAGAAGAGCCUGAUGAUAAAGCAGAACAUGAUGGGGAUGGACAUGCCUGAGCAGAUGUGGGACAUGUACCUGACUGCUGGGCCGGCUGAUGCCGAGACACCGCUAGAACUGCCGGUCAACGGCCACAAACCGUCCACAGGAACGGCGUAUGAGGUCGAAAUGGACAAUGUACCAGAACAACAAGGAGAGGCGUACUGUUAAAGAUGGAACUGUUUCUGGGGUUGAUUUCUUGGACCUACACUAACUCUUGUUCUUGAAUUUAAAUAUUUACUUCAGGAUUUCUUUUUUUUUUUUUUUGGCACAGUAUAUUUU